AUGAACACCAUUCCAUUCCAGAAUACAUAUUUUGCACGACUGGUGGAUUUCCCCGUUGUGGUAUGCCGUGAAUGCCAGUAUGGUGUCUGGCCAAGUCAGAUUGAAGGCCAUUUGCAGCGUGCCCAUAGUUAUAUAUCACCUGCCGUGCGGAUCCAGCUUGGUGGUGAGGUUCGUAGCUGGCCCGAUCUCGCCAUUGAUCCCAUCGAGUUGGAGAUUCCCCCCACUCGGACACACGUCAUUCCCCAGCUCGUUGGUCCAUUAGACGGCUGGCAGUGCCAGUUAUCACCCGAGUCAUGUUGGUAUGUGUGUCCAAGUAUAGACACCAUGCGGCAACAUUGGCUCAAGCAGCACGGUUGGAGCCGGACCGCCCACCAAGGCCAACCUACCCAAUCUACCAUGCAGACCAUCCUGGCACGGCAGGAACAGGCAUGUCGACAGGUUCGAUGCCAGCGAAUCUUCCCCCGGAAGAUGGGGUCCCAGUAUUUCGCUAUUAUUGAUGACAAAGAGGACUCCCAUCCCAUUCCCACCGCAUCCAGAUCCACGAUUUGGGAACAAGCCAGCCGGCAGUAUGCCGAGUACGAGAAGCAAGCUGCGGAGCGGAUCCAGCAAGGCCAUAUCGAUGAGGCCAAUCCAUGGCUCCGUCGGACGGGCUGGGUGCCGUAUUUGCACUCAUUUUCCAGCACCCAGUUGUUGGAAUAUAUCGACAUGCCCGCCAUGGAUGACGCCGUGAACCACUCCCCUGUGGCCGAUCUCGACGAACAUGCCAUCCAGGCCAUAUGGACGGCCAUGGGCCAGGUGGGACAGAUCAGCCAGCAGUCCGUCAUCCACACUGGCGUGUUUGUGCGCAUGGAAGCCAUCCGGACAGAACAACAUCAAACCCGGUAUCAGCCACUGGAGGCAUAUCAGGAUCUGGAGACGAUACCAGAGCGCAUUCGUCCAUGGCAGCAGAUAUUGAUGUUUUUUUGGCGGACACAGCAAUGUGCAUCCGACAAGAGACAUCCCCCAUAUCGAUUCACCCAACGACAACACGCCGCGUGGAAUCGACUGGUGCAGGUUGCUCGUCCCCGGAUCCCACCCCGGAGUUCGGGACGGUCGAUGGUCUUGCAACCUGGACAGCGGCGUCCAUGGGAGCUCAGCCCAUCCCCCGGAUCCAGCGAGUCGUCCGGCUCCGACGACGAAUCAUUCACCGACGACGAUGAGAUGGACGAGGAGAUCCACCAUGACCCUGAGCUGGAGAGCUCCAUUCCAGCGGGCUCCAUCCCGGAGAGCUCCAUCCCACCGUUGACCCCCAUCCAGCGGGCGUGUUUGGACUUUUGCAUCGAGCUGUUGAACCAGCGUGUGGUACACCGGGAAUACGACUGCGCAUUGGUGUGUGCCAUGGCCGUGUUGGGCGUUCGCGAUCGAGGUGGAUGGCGGACCCCGGAGGAUUACCCGCCCAUUUUGUCGAAAGUGAUCAAACUGGCCCGGUUCCUGGUGGUCCGGAAAGCUAUAGAACUGGCGGAGACCGAGGAAGACGCCGAACCCGCCAGUUCCAUGCAGGAGAACGACUGGGACAGUGCGUACGGAGGAUCCCCAUCCCCCAGUGCCACCCCAUCGAAGAAAGGGUAUUUACAGUGGGUGACGCAGAUGAUAGACCAGUUCAUGGUGCGUGGAUCCCAGAGCCCGAUGCAGUGGAUGUUGGAUUUACGGACCUACGGGUUGAAGAUCCAUUACAACACCACCACGGAGGGCCAUGUGACGUGGCAGAAUAGUGAUGAGCUGUUAUAUAAAGAUGUCAAAUUUACAAUGCGGCAGUUCCGUGGCAUGGUCGACCACACGGUACGGGAUGCACGGCGGAUCUUGAUGGAGGAUUUGCUGCAAUGCGCCCCCGAUCAGGUGCCCGUGAUUCCAUGGGAUCAGCUAUAUGAUAACCCGUUCAAUGAGGACCCCCAAUGGAGUUUUGUGCAGGAUCCGCGGACCCCAUGGCCCGUCGAUGGCACCGGCUGGCUAUGGCAGCAUAUCCAGGAUCAUCCCCCAUUAUGCCGUCGAUUGAUCCAGGCCGACGGCCACGGCAUUCAGCCCAUCCGCUGGCAGGCAUUCCACCGACGGAUCCGCACGUUUUUGGAGAAGCUGCUGGCGGCGGUCCAAUUCACAUGGGGCCAACCCGCUCGUGCCCCGGAGUUGUUGAGCAUUCGACAUGAGAAUAGCCACGUUGGUGGGAUCCGGAACAUGUUCAUUGAGGACGGCAUGGUGGUAUUGGUGGCGCGGUAUCAUAAAGGAUAUCAGGUGAGUGGCGACGUCAGGAUCAUCCAUCGAUAUUUACCACGAGAGGUGGGUGAGCUCCUGGUAUGGUAUUUAUGGCUGGUAUUGCCAUUUCAACGGCGCAUCGACGCGUGGAUGCAUCAGCGGGAGGACAUCAAUCCCCAUAUCUGGGCCUCCGCGCCGUGGGAACCCACAUGGACCUCGGAACGGGUGCGGCGGAUAUUACAACGGGAGAGCACUGUGGGAUUGUCCGGGCAGACAUUGAAUCUUGCAUCGUACCGUGAGAUUGCCAUUGCAAUCAGCCGCCGAUAUAUGCGAGCAGAACGGGCAUUUGUUCGCCGUGACCCCCAUUCCACCACGGAGGAUGAUUUGCAUGAGGAUGAGGCCCAGAUCAUGGCCCGGAUGAUGGAUGAGCAGGCUGGACACAGCCCCCACGUGGCGGGAGCUGUAUAUGCGCGGGAAACCACCGAACGAGCUGGCGAAGUGGCCGAUCGACGCCAGCGAUUCCGGCAAAGCAGCCAGGAAUGGCACCAGUUUUUAGGAUUUGCAUCCGCCAUCCAAUCACUGCGUUCCCGCAUGAUCACCCCAUUCCAGGACACGGCCCAGGCUAGUCAGAUCGAGCGAUGGAGCCAUACCCGAGCCAUGGAUCUCGACGAGUCAUUACAGCAGAUGAUGGGACCGUCCGCCACGUUUCGAGGGACCCAGAAAGCUGUGAUUCAGUCCAUCGUCCAGCGGCAGAGUCCCAUUGUUGCCAUCAUGCCCACGGGCGCGGGGAAGAGUUUAUUGUUCAUGUUGCCCGCAUGGAUGAGCCGUGGAGGCACCACCAUUGUGGUUGUUCCAUUGGUGGCAUUACGUGCCGAUCUCCAACAACGAUGCCAGACCUUAGGCAUCUCCUGUGUGGAAUGGGAUUCGCGACGUCCCGUCGAUGGAGCAUCGAUUGUAUUGGUGACGCCGGAAUCCGCGGUGAGCGAGACAUUCCAGACCUUUAUUAACCGGAAGCAGUGGACCAAGGAGCUGGACCGCAUUGUGAUCGACGAAUGCCACAUCAUAUUACAGGAAGGAUACCAGUUCCGGAAGCAGAUGGCGCAGCUGGGUGCAUUGGUCCGCGCGGAGACCCAACUCGUGUUAUUAACCGCCACCUUGCCCCGUGAAAGCGAAGCAUUGUUAUGCCAGCGGAUGUAUUUAGAUUCCCCCACGAUCCAGUGGUUCCGCGGCCGGACCAGCCGGACCAACGUGGCAUAUCAAGUGAUCGAGAUUGGCGCUGGUGAGCCAUCUUGUGAUAUAAGCGAGCUGAUGAUUACGUGGAUUCAGCAGCGCGUUCAGCAGCUCCACGAGGGGAAAGUGGUCAUAUAUGCCAAUACGAUUGCCACCGUCCAGCGGAUUGCCCAUCAACUGCAAUGUCCCGCUUAUUACAGCCAGGCGGUGGAUAAAAAGGGGAUGUUAGCAUCAUUCCAGAAGCAGAAUCCCGGGGUGAUCGUGGCCACGAGUGCGUUGGGAAUGGGGAUUGAUAUCCCCGAUAUCCGGCUGGUGAUCCACGUGGGCCGGACGCGGUCCUUGUUGGAUUAUGGACAGGAAAGUGGACGAGCCGGACGCGAUGGGGCUGCCAGCCAGGCGAUCAUGUUAAUCGAUGGCCACGGAGCGGGUUGGGGGGAUCCGCCCACGGUGGAUUCGCGGGUGCAGGAAUACCUUGGCGGUGGUUGUCGACGGCGGGCAUUAGAUAUAUAUUUGGGCGGGACGGUGGAUGGAUAUACACGGCAGCAGUGUGAGGACGGUGAGGCGAUAUGUGACCAGUGUCAGAGUAGUAUAGAUCCCAAUCCCGCCAGUCCGAAUGCCAGUCCCAAUGGCUGGCUGAGUGCCCGCCAGAAUAACAGACAGGAAGCCAGUGAUUCGGCCAGUGAUUCGGCCAGUCAUUCAGCCAGUCAUUCAGCCAUCCAUGACAGACCAAACGGCUGCCCAAAUAACCGCCCAAGGACCAGCCAUUUCACCAGUCCCAACAGCCACCAUAUCGCCAUUCCCACACCAUCACCCGGUCCACGCAAACGCGCCAUUUCCCACCAUUCCAUCCCCCCCAUGGCCAAACGUCGGGCCCAUCCCAUAUUCCCGUCGACGGCAUAUUACCAGGGGCCCAUGCAACGACAGACGCAGCACGCGGAGGCGGAUGGACAGGAAAUCGAGUCCAUCCGGGAACAGUUUGACCGGUGGGCCGGGCAAUGUCGAUUAUGCGGGAUGACAGGGCAACCAGCGCACCAUAGGAUUGGCAAUUGUCCCCAUCCACAGGCACAGAUUGCGCAGUCAUGGAUGGACCAGGUGAUCGAACAGGUGGUCCACCAGCCACGGGGGGCCGGACGGCGAGGGUAUGAGGCAUAUGCGGCAUGUUUUGGAUGCCAUUCCCCGCAGUGGAUUUGCCAACAGUGGGAGAGCAACGGCUACGGUGGUUACCAGAAGACGCACGAGCGGUGUCAAUAUCCCCAUGUGGCGAUUCCGAUCAUGGGACAGUUAUUGCAUGGACCGCAGCGGCAUUCAAUCCGUGUAGCAUGGCAACAGCGAAUGCAGGCCCAGUUCCCCGGGGUGGACAUUGACGAUGAGCGAGGGUUGAUUGGACAUUUCCAACGGCGAUUUGGGCGACGUGGUGAGGAGCGCAGCGGAUUGGUGGUAGAGAUGAAUUGGAUGUGUGAAUUUAUCGAGCGGGAAUUCCCCGCGUGA